CAAGAACCGCCAUCUCGGAUUUUUUAGCAAACACUCGGACAAUAACGAUUUGUUAGGGUUUGGACGUUCCCGGCUCUCUCGAUUCUUCUGUUAGCUUCGUCUUCUCCUCCGAAGAUUUACCUUGUGUAAGCUUCAAACGUUGUUUGUGUACUGUUUCGAUUAAUCUGAGAUUUUUUCUAGUACAUUGGCUCUGAAUCAGACAGUUCGCCGUCGCUCACGCGUAAGUGGAUUGUCGUUUCGUUUGAUCCUCUGCAAUCCCUGAAGAUUUCAUUGAUUGAUUUUCAUUGAAUUGUGGUGGAUUUUUGAAUCCGGAAUUGGGGUGUUCGAGCUGAAGUUAGGAAUGGAGGUAGAUAAAUCUAAGUUGAGGAACGAAGAUUUGGACAUGGAGGAGGAAGAUGAUUCGAAGAAGCAUCGGCGAGAUCGUGAUCGGAGUAAGGAGCGGAAGAAGGAAAAGAGCUCGGAGAAGCGCCGAGAGAAGGACAGACGCAAGAGACGGUCUGAGAGAGUUAAGAGCAGUGAUUCUGAAGAUGAUUGCGAUAGAGAAGAUGAUGAAGAGACGGAGAAGCGUAAAGAAAAGGAAAGGAGGCGGAGGGAUAAAGAGAGGGCGAAGAGACGGUCUGAGAGGAAGAAGAGUAGCGGUUCUGAGGAUGACGAUGAAGAAUACGACGAGAGGGAUAAACGCAGAGCGAAGGAGAAGGAGAGAGGACACCGAGAACAUGAGAGAGAUAGGGGCAAAGAUCGGAAAAGGGAUAGGGAUAGAGAGAGGGAGGAGAGAAAGGAGAAAGAAAGAGAAAGGGAGAGGAGAGAACGGGAGCGAGAGGAGAGGGAGAAGGAGAGAAUAAAAGAAAGAGAAAGGCGAGAACGGGAAAGGGAAGAUGGAGAGAGGGAUAGGAGAGAACGUGAAAAAGAAAGGGGUAGGAGGAACCGGGAAAGGGGGAGGUCACGAGAGGAUGGAAAUGGAGAGAGUGAUGAUGAUGUCAAGCGUGAUUUGAAGCGUAGAAGAAAAGAGGGCGAAGAACGGAAGGAGAAAGAGCGUGAGAUGAGCGUUGGUAGAUCUACCAGGCAUGUAGAUGAAAAUGGAGAUAGUCCAAGGAGAAAGACUGGCGAGGAGGAUGGUGAAAAGAAAGAGAAAAAAACGCGGGAAGAAGAGCUAGAGGAUGAGCAGAAGAAGUUGGAUGAGGAGAUGGAAAAACGGAGAAGAAGAGUCCAGGAGUGGCAAGAGUUGAAGAGGAAAAAAGAGGAAGCUGAAAGUGAAAGUAAGGGUGAUGCGGAUGAUAAAGAGCCCAAGGCCGGUAAGGCUUGGACUCUUGAAGGAGAAUCUGAUGAUGAAGAAUGCCAUCCGGAAGAAAAAACAGAAACAGAGAUGGAUGUUGAUGGAGAGACUAAACCCGAAAAUGGUGGAGAUGCCAAGAUGGUAGACGUUGAGAAUGCGAUGUCUACUACUGUCUCUGAGAAAGGAGGUGAUGGAGCUGCAGAUGAAGAGGAAAUUGAUCCGUUAGAUGCUUUUAUGAAUGCUAUGGUAUUACCUGAGGUUGAGAAGCUUAGCAAUAGUGCUCCUCCAGUAGUUAAGGAUGGUAUAUUGGAUUCUGAGAAGAAUGGGAAGGAACGUGGUGACCAGCCAAAGAAAGGGUUUAACAAGUCCCUUGGUAGGAUAAUGCAAGGUGAGGACUCGGAUUCUGAUUAUUCAGAACCAAAGGAUGAUGAUGAUCCAAGUUUAGACGAAGACGAUGAGGAGUUCAUGAAGAGAGUGAAGAAGACGAAGGCAGAAAAAUUGUCUCUUGUUGACCACUCAAAAAUAGAGUAUGAAUCUUUCCGGAAGAACUUUUAUAUUGAAGUGAAGGAUAUUUCGAGGAUGACAGACGAAGAAGUUACCGCUUACAGAAAGGAAUUGGAGCUGAAAGUUCACGGGAAGGAUGUACCAAGACCCAUAAGAUCUUGGCACCAGACUGGACUUACUAGCAAAAUUUUGGAUACCAUGAAUAAGCUCAAGUAUGAAAAGCCAAUGCCUAUCCAGACACAAGCACUUCCAAUCAUCAUGAGCGGUCGAGAUUGUAUUGGAGUUGCUAAAACCGGCUCAGGUAAAACGCUAGGUUUUGUUCUGCCAAUGUUGAGGCAUAUCAAAGACCAGCCUCCCGUUGAAGCUGGUGAGGGGCCGAUUGGGCUUGUGAUGGCGCCUACUAGGGAGCUUGUUCAGCAGAUUCACAGCGAUAUCAAAAAGUUUUCAAAGGCAUUGGGUAUAAGAUGUGUUCCUGUGUAUGGAGGAUCAGGAGUUGCGCAGCAAAUUAGUGAGCUAAAGAGAGGGACUGAGAUUGUUGUGUGCACUCCUGGGAGGAUGAUUGAUAUUCUUUGCACAAGCAGUGGAAAAAUCACCAAUCUGCGGAGGGUCACAUUUUUGGUAAUGGAUGAAGCUGAUCGUAUGUUUGACAUGGGUUUUGAGCCUCAAAUUACUCGAAUUAUCCAAAAUAUUCGACCUGAUCGACAGACUGUGCUCUUUUCUGCCACUUUCCCGCGUCAAGUUGAAACUUUGGCACGUAAAGUCUUGAACAAGCCUAUUGAAAUACAGGUUGGUGGAAGGAGUGUUGUAAAUAAGGAUAUAGCUCAGUUAGUUGAAGUCAGACCGGAGGGUGAGAGGUUCUUUAGACUUCUGGAACUUCUUGGGGAAUGGUAUGAGAAAGGAAAAAUUCUGAUUUUUGUUCAGUCACAGGAAAAAUGUGAUAGCUUGUUUAAGGAUAUGAUUAAAAGGAGUUACCCUUGCCUAUCUCUUCACGGGGGUAAGGAUCAGACCGAUCGUGAAUCAACUAUAUCUGAUUUUAAGAGCAAUGUCUGCAGUUUGUUGAUUGCCACAAGUAUUGCAGCGAGGGGUCUAGAUGUGAAAGAUCUCGAGUUGGUUGUAAACUAUGAUGCUCCUAACCACUAUGAAGACUAUGUGCAUCGCGUUGGCAGGACAGGAAGGGCAGGGCGGAAAGGCUGUGCUGUGACAUUUAUCUCUGAAGAUGAUGCAAAAUAUGCACCAGAUUUAGUCAAGGCACUGGAACUUUCUGAGCAGCCAGUCCCCGAUGAUCUGAAAGCAAUUGCUGAUGGUUUCAUGGCAAAAGUGAAACAGGGUAUUGAGCAAGCUCAUGGAACUGGCUACGGAGGUAGUGGCUUUAAAUUCAAUGAAGAGGAGGAAGAAGUUAGGAAAGCAGCGAAGAAAGCACAGGCGAAGGAGUAUGGGUUUGAGGAAGACAAGUCUGACUCAGAAGAUGAGAAUGAUGUGGUAAGAAAGGCAGGUGGUGGUGAUAUUUCACAGCAGGCUACUCUUGCUGUUGCUCAGAUAGCCGCCAUUGCUGCUGCUGCUAAAGCUAAUGCUCCAGUGAGUGCUCCUGUGACUGCUAACCAAUUGCUGCCAAAUGGUGGCGGGCUUGCCGUUGUGCCAGGUGUCCUUCCGGUUACUGUUCCUGGCGUUCCUGAUGGGCCAGGCCGUGCUGCAGCCAUGGUUGCUGCCAUUAACCUGCAGCAUAACCUGGCAAAGAUUCAAGCUGAUGCAAUGCCUGAGCACUAUGAAGCAGAACUGGAAAUUAAUGAUUUCCCACAAAACGCUCGUUGGAAGGUGACCCACAAAGAAACUUUGGGUCCAAUAUCAGAUUGGACUGGAGCCGCCAUUACCACUAGAGGUCAGUUUUAUCCACCAGGACGUAUCCCGGGACCUGGGGAACGUAAGCUCUACCUGUUCAUUGAAGGGCCUACCGAGAAAUCUGUUAAGCAGGCGAAAGUCGAACUCAAGCGUGUUCUUGAAGACAUUACAACUCAGGCUCUGUCACUUCCCGGAGGAGCACAAUCAAGCAGAUACUCUGUCCUAUAAUGAAAGCAUGAUGAGCUGUGUGACUAAAGGAUUCAAAACCACUCUGCGUUUUUUUUUUAAACAAGUAUUAUUGAUUGAUAUUGUGGAAUACAAUCUCUGCUUUACUGAAUCUUUUUUAUAGACUUGAACGUGAUGUGACAGUUCUUACUUCUUUCUGGUCAACAAAUAGUAAAGUGCUAUUAGUGAGAUGGUCUGUGUUGAAUAAUGCCUUUUGUUUCUCAUCCAGCAACUUUCUCCUCUUUUAAUUUUGUUCCUUGCUUUUUUUGUGUGUGUUAUGUUUAUACAAUGGCAUCGAUGGAUUUGCUAAUGCGCAUUACCGCGUGGUGGCUGUAAAAAGAUCGGUAAUAUCUAAGUUUGAUGCAUUUAUUUGCUUGGCUUUGCUCGUAAAUCGUAUAGCACUAGACUUUUUAGUUUCAUGUAUCAACUUCCCUUUUACAGCAUUCGGCACCUUUUCCGCAGGGAAAAAUCUUUGAAACAUAAAGCUCUUGGAGAGAUGAUCGUGUCUUAAACGAGUUCAUAUGGGGCUUGCGAAUGGUGAAUUGAAGGGUGAUUUACAGAGGCGGAGACCCUUUACAUUUUUAAUAUUCAUGUUUAAGUUUUUGCAUUGCACCUCCUUAAAUGAUUUUUGUUGACUUUCAAAUAGAUAAG